AUGGCUUUCAUGACAUUCAAAAAGCACACUGUGGGGCUUAUUUCGGCAAUUAUCCUUGCUUGUCUUGUGUCACCUAUUAAAGGUAUGGAGAUGGACGAUACAUCGGAAUACACAAGACCUGAGAUUGUAGAUGCUGGAUCCAAAACGGCUCACUGGUUGUGCACCCUUGGUCUGCUUCUUAUCGUGCCAUCAAUAGCAGCCGUUUUCUCCUUUGCUGGGAAACUGUAUCUGUCAAUGUUUUUGCAGUUCGUUUCGAUGGUGUAUGCUGUGAUAGAGGCCUUGAUUCUGAGAUUUCCUGACGGCGAUGGAAUUGAAAACCGCACUUCGAGGGGCACUGCUUGGUUUCUGGCGGCUUUGCUGGGGUCAUCUGUUUUAUUUGGAAGUUUAGCCAGCGGUACUGGUGCUCUGGUUAAAAAUAAAAGGCUACAGUCGUUCGUCACCAAAACCGGGGAAUACAACCUUCACGUCAUUCACAGAACACUGUCUUUUGCAGUUGUGCUGACUGGAUGGGUCAAAAGCUGUCUGGCUCCCGUUGCUAUGUUUGGCUUUUGUCGCGAAAUUCACACCGGCCAGUGCAUCGCACACGGUGUGAUGGGAUCUGCGUUUGUUGUUUAUGGCUUUGUUUAUUCUAUGGUGUUAGUUUUACCCUGGAUGCGCAAUCAUGAAGGCCCCUACUCACAAGACCGCAUAGAUAGCUGGGUUAUGUGCGCGUGGGGUAUAGUAAAUACGUUCACGGAGCAUCGUUGGGGCAGGGAAGGCUGGAAUCAUGGCGACUACCAACACACUGCUAUGGGAAUUAUAUGGUGGGCUGGUGGACUUUUGGGAAUUUUUCUGUCUCGCGGAGGCAGACGGACGUUUGUGCCGAGCCUUCUGAUAAUUUUCACAGGCUGGGCUAUGUCCGAGCACAGUCAACACCUGCUGAUCAGCACAAAGGUCCAUGGCCUCUUCGGCUUGGUCCUAAUGUCGGGAGGCGCAUUGAGAAUAAUAGAAAUCUCGUUUCUGCUCAGAGACAAAAGAUCCGCGGGCGAAGUGAUGUCCUUUCAGUACCUCGCGCCCUUCUGUCUGGUAUGCUCAGGUAUUUUGUUCAUGAGCGCUAACGAAGAGCAACUGAUUCUCGUGCUAAGGCUAGGAGCCGAUCAUAGUGCCUACAGUCUGGUCAUAAUAUCUGCUGCAUUUGUCACGUAUCUGUGGAUUCUACUUUGUCUAGAGUUUUACCUCAAGCUAGUGCUCGCAGCUGAAAAAAGUCCACUAAACUCCUAUAAAGCAAGGGAUGCCGCUGAGUUUGAGUUGGACAACCUCGAGGACCUGAACAGUGGAGACGAAGACAGAGCUUAG